UGAGACUUGUGGGUGUACCAAGCGUUUAUAUAGCAGAUCUUUCUGACCUCUGGUGACUGCAGACACCUGGGCUGGGACACACAGGACAGGAGCAUGGCCAGCUUACAGACCCCGCUCUUGGCUGCCCUCAUCCUCCUUGCCGUGGCACUUCAAGGCACCGAGGCAGGCCCCUAUGGCGCCAACGUGGAAGACAGUGUUUGCUGCCGGGAGUAUAUCCGUUACCCCCUGCCCCUGCGUUUGGUGAAAUACUUCUUCUGGACCUCAGAUUCCUGCCGGAGGCCUGGCGUGGUCCUGCUAACCAUCAAGGACCGGGAGAUCUGUGCCGACCCCAGGCUGCCCUGGGUGAAGAAGGUUCUUCAGAAGCUGCGCUAAUGAGAAAAGCCCUGCCCCUGAUGACCAUGGCCUUGGCUCCUCCGGGAAGGCUCGCGGCACCCAGCCUUCCCACCAUGACAGCUGCUCUUCAACACCCAAGCCUGUGGCAAGGUCUCUGCAUUCUCUGACCUCCAUAUCGGGGGCUGCCACCCUCAGGCCCCUGUGCUGUCCCUCCCCACAUCCCCUCCAAUGCUUCCAACCUACCCUCUGCCCCGUGGCAGCCAGAGAGCCCCUAAUCCCGGUUAGUCACUCCCUACUCUAAACCCUUCCCCAAUGCCCAAGGCUGAAGUUAGAGCUCUUGAGCCUGGCACCCUGGCUCUCUGGGUCUCAUCACUGUCUGCAGCUUUGACCCUCUCCCUUCAUACACAUUGGGCUCCCUGUUCUCCAGACCCCUGCCAUAUGUUUCUACUUUGGAACAUUUGCAUGGUCUGCUCCUGACAUCCAGAAUGCCCUUCCCAUCACCUCCACAUGUCCAACCCACCAGCCCUCCAAGGUUUCGCUCAGACCAAGCAACCAGUAAUCAAGUUUCAUUUUUCAGACUUCCCCUGGCCCUCUGCCCAUCUUAACAUCCCUAGUCACAUUCUGCCCAGAAUCCUCAGGAUUUGAGGGCUUGUCCUCCAGCCCCACUGGCUGGACCAAGGUUCAUGUCUGGGUGGCUCUUGUCUUCCUGCCUCCAGCACAGAGCACAGGGUCUGGCUCAAAGUUAGAGCUCAGCGGGUGGUUGUGGAACAAAUGAGUAAAAGUAACGCUCCUCUCCCACCUCUUCCCAAAAUUCAGGCUCGAGGUCACCUAGAGAGGGGACAGCUAUGUAAACUGUGAUGCCUCAAAUUUGCCUAGAUUCAUCUUUCUUGCCUUUUUACCUUCUUAUUGUAAAGAUACCCUUCUUAGUCCCUCAGGCUUUUACUGCUCCCCCAACCUCCAACACCUAAGCCGCCCUUUUCGGAGUACCCUCACUGCACUUUCCUCACCUCCUUCCCCAAAGAUCUGGUAACCAAAUUCAUGCUAUGAUGUGAAUGACUACCCUUAGCUUAGUGUUACACGCUGUAGUUAUAUUUGUAUAUGAAAAGAGAGCAAAUAAGUAAAUGGGAGAAUUUUAGGAACUGUGAAGGAGGGGAACAGAGUGGAGCAUUCCUGGCCCUGGGAGGCAGCCAACUGUGGUAGCCAGCUCCCUGUGUGAGUGAGUGGGUAGAAUUAAGUGAAGGAGCCCUGGGGAGAAGUUGUCCUCAGUGGCUUGGGCCAAGCUAAGGACUGGAAUUUGGGACUUAUCCUCACUUCCUUGAGGAUAGCAAGGUUCCUGGACAAAGGAAAUAAGCUUAACAUGCAGUUGCUCCCUUCCAGGGGCAUCUGAUGCAGCUCAGUAAGGUGGUUGGAGUUGUGUGACCCUGAAGAGGCCAUCUAACCUCUCUGAACCCCCUUACAAGUGAGGAUGGGAAUACCCACCUUCAUGGUGGUUGUGGGGCUCAGAUCCAAGGAUGGAAAUGACACUUUGCCAGCCAUAAAGCUCAGUGUUUUCCAGAAUCUGUGUCCCCGCUGAAGCCCAGGGUCAUCUGCCUACCAUGGGCACUGGAAGUGCUGACCUGCCAUGAAUGGGGUCCUCAUGUGUCCUGGGAUCCCUCUCCUUCUCAGGGCUCUGUCCUGCCCUUGCCCCUCAGGCCUUCUUUAGAAAAUAAAUUCUCUGAAGCUCUUCCUGUUUGGUUCCUUGGCAUUUACA